AUGGCGCGGAAGAGUAAUGGACGCGAGUCCGGCCCUUCAACGGCUGACGCCUCAACACACGAAGACGUCGAAAUGCAGGAUCAGGACGACACUAUGAAUGGCUUCAAGAAGUUUGGUUACAAUGUCGAUACACCUGACUACACAGACUCGGACACAAACCCCAACACUACAGCUAGCAGCGUAGCAGGAGAUGCGCCGGUCGAUGGCCGAAAACGCCGCGCUGAGCAGAUGAACAUGCGCAAGAGCAUCUAUGGAAAGAAACACGACCGUCUAGGCGCUUCGAAGGCACACGAUACAGUACGGCGUUUUAGAUAUCUGCUCGGUCUCACAGAUCUGUUUCGUCACUUCAUCGACACGAACCCAAACCCGCACAUCAAGGAGAUCAUCGCCAAGAUCGAUGCACAGGACGCUGAGGAUGCCAAGAAGUCUAAGGCAAGCAAGGUGCGCAAGGGUGGAGCUGCUGCUGAGCGUCGUCGCAAGACAGAACAGGAGGAAGACGCUGAAUUGGUGCGCGAGGAGAAGCAUGGCGGGCACAACGAGACCGUCUUCAGAGAGUCGCCAGGCUACAUCCAGGGCGGUACCAUGCGCGACUACCAGGUCGCAGGUCUCAACUGGCUGAUCUCGUUGCACGAGAACGGUAUCUCGGGUAUCCUCGCCGACGAGAUGGGUCUUGGAAAGACACUGCAGACCAUCUCCUUCAUUGGGUACCUUCGCUUCAUUGCUGGCAUCAACGGGCCCCAUCUGGUCGCCGUGCCCAAAUCGACUCUGGACAACUGGAGGCGCGAGUUUGCCAAAUGGAUCCCAGAGAUCAAGGUUCUCGUGUUGCAAGGAAACAAGGACGAACGCGCUGAACUCAUCCGAGACGAACUGGUAGAUGAGAACUUUGACGUGUGCAUCACCAGCUACGAGAUGAUUCUGCGCGAGAAGUCUGCCCUCAAGAAAUUUGCCUGGGAGUACAUCAUCAUCGACGAAGCGCAUCGUAUCAAGAACGAAGAGUCCUCACUUGCCCAGAUGGUCCGCAUGUUCAACUCCCGAAACCGACUCCUCAUCACUGGUACUCCGCUCCAGAACAACCUGCACGAACUGUGGGCUCUUCUCAACUUCCUGAUGCCAGACGUGUUUGGCGAUUCUUCGGCAUUUGAUGAGUGGUUCUCGCAGCAGAAUGCGGACUCGGACACCGUCGUCCAACAGCUCCACAAGGUUCUGCGGCCGUUCUUGCUCCGACGUGUCAAGGCCGAUGUCGAGAAGUCACUUGCACCCAAGAAGGAGGUUAAUCUGUACGUCGGCCUGUCUGACAUGCAGGUCCAGUGGUACAAAAAGAUCCUUGAGAAGGACAUCGACGCAGUCAACGGUGGUGCAGGCAACAAAGAAUCGAAGACGCGUCUGCUAAACAUCGUUAUGCAGUUGCGCAAAUGCUGCAACCAUCCCUACCUCUUUGAAGGUGCCGAGCCUGGCCCACCAUACACGACCGACGAGCACCUGGUUAACAACGCUGCCAAGAUGGUCAUGUUGGACAAGCUCCUCAAGCGCAUGAAAGCCCAAGGCAGCAGAGUCCUCAUCUUCUCUCAAAUGAGUCGUGUCUUGGAUAUCAUGGAAGAUUACUCAGUCAUGCGUGGAUAUCAGUAUUGCCGUAUUGACGGUUCCACUGCCCACGAGGACCGUAUCGCAGCCAUCGAUGAUUACAACAAGGAAGGCUCGGAGAAGUUUCUCUUCCUGUUGACAACACGCGCUGGUGGCUUAGGUAUCAACCUGACUUCCGCCGACAUAGUGGUGCUGUUCGACAGUGAUUGGAACCCGCAAGCUGAUCUUCAAGCUAUGGAUCGUGCCCACCGUAUCGGCCAGAAGAAACAAGUCUAUGUCUUCCGUUUUGUGACAGAAGGUGCCAUUGAAGAAAAGGUUUUGGAACGUGCAGCCCAGAAACUGCGUCUGGAUCAAUUGGUCAUUCAGCAAGGCCGUUCACAACAACCCGCUAAGAAUGCUGCUUCGAAAGACGAGCUUCUGACUAUGAUUCAACACGGUGCGGAGAAGGUGUUCAACAGCAAGGGUGGCGUGGGACUAGCCGGGGACGGUGACAUGGACGACGAUGACUUCGAUAACAUCAUGAAGCGCGGUGAGGAAGCGACAGCAAAGCUGAACUCAAAGUACGAGAAGUUGGGCUUGGAUGAUUUGCAAAAGUUCACUUCUGACUCGACGUACGAGUGGAACGGUGAGACCUUCGAGCCGCGCAAGAAGGACAUUGGUUUGAGCUGGAUCAACCCCUCCAAGCGUGAGCGCAAGGAGCAGAAUUACGGAAUCGACAAAUACUACCGCAACGCGCUGGCGACUGGUGGCCGGACCGAGAGCAAACAACCUAGGGUUCCUCGCGCGCCGAAGCAGGUUGUCAUUCACGAUUACCAGUUCUUCCCGGAAAAGCUGGCAGAGCUUCAAGAUAAGGAGACUGCAUGGUACCGCAAGGAGAACAACCUCAAAGCACCACUUCCUGACGGCCCUGAUGAGGAUCUUGAGUCACGCGAGGCUGAUCAAGAGCUUGCCCAGAAGGAGAUUGAUAACGCCGAGCCACUGACAGAGGAAGAGAAGGCUGAGAAAGAACGUUUGAUCGAGCAAGGAUUCCCAGAGUGGAACAAGCGAGAUCUACAACAGUUCUUGAACGGAUCCGCUAAGUACGGGCGAACAAACUACGAGGGCAUCUCCGAGGAAGUCGAUGGCAAGGAUGCCAAUGAGAUCAAAGAGUACGCCAAGGUUUUCUGGAAGAAGUACAAGCAGUUGGAAAACUGGCAAAAGUACCUCAACGUCGUCGAGGAGGGCGAGCAGCGUGUCCGCGACUCGGAGACCAAGAAGCGACUGCUGGCCAAGAAGAUUGGUCAGUACAGGAUGCCUCUGCAACAAAUGGCUAUCAAGUACACAGUGUCAACGACGAACAAGAAGGUUUACACCGAAGAGGAGGAUCGAUUCCUACUUGUCAUGCUCCACAAGCACGGCGUUGAGGGCGAAACGAUCUACGACAAGAUUCGCGACGAGAUUCGGGAGUCGCCUCUGUUCCGUUUUGAUUGGUUCUUCCUCAGCCGCACGCCUCAAGAAAUUGGCCGUCGUUGCACGACACUCAUUCAGACUGUUGUCCGUGAGCUCGGUGGCGACACUGGCAAGAACGGCAAGGGCAAGCGUGCGUUUGAAGAGGAGGAGACAGAAGAGGAGGAGGAAGAGCCUGUCAAGAAGAAGGCCAAGAAUGGUGUCAAGAACAAGCAGCUUGAUACCGUGAAGGGCCAAGCCUCUCCCGCAACAUCGCGGGCCAGCAGCGUCGCCUCGACCGGAUCCGCUACCAAGGGCAAGGCGAAGGGCAAGAAGAAGUAG